CCGCUGCCGAGGAGAGGCUGACGCAAAGCCGAGAGCCUCGCCGGAGACCGAGACCGGGUCCCAGAGCCGGAGCCGCCUCGUACAGCGGACUGCAUUGUUUCACCAGUUAACGGAGGCGGGGGUCCGGUUCUACCGUCUGAAUGUGAGGAAUACCGUCCGAACCGGAGACUGGACACUGUUUAUCUUUUUUUUUGAUACCAUAACGGAUCGGGAAUCUUUACUUUGACCGGAUCGAUGUCAUUUUUGGCUGGAAAGUAAACCGCUUUAAAAUGGCAACCGCAGCCCGCUCCCGGCGACCAUAACCCCAGAGUCAGCUGAUCCCCUGCAGCUCCAUGCAUCCUCGCCGGCUCUGCACGCCGUCCAGCUGAGCUCCUCCCUCCCUCCUGCUCCGGCAUCAUGUCGGCGGCUCAGACCCAGAAGGAGAGCAGCGAGGCGGGCUGGGGCUGCCUGGAGGCUCUGGGUCUCAGCCAGAAGGAGCUGGUCCUGGCCGAGGCCCUGCAGAUGGAGUACGAUGCCCUCUCCAGACUCAAACAGGACAAGAGCGACACCGGGACCAGCCAGACCCCCGGUCCUAGAGCUCACAGCCAGGUCCGCUCAAAGACCCCCAAUCCCACUAUCGAACGCCCCAGGCCCAUCCCGAUCCAGCCCUGUCCUUCCUCCAUAGGAGGAGGUCUGCUGAGGGGCCUCUCUGGGUCAGACCCCUCCCUGAACCAACCUGGAGGGUCACAGUCUCCGCCCUCCAUCCCAUCACGGGCGCCCCCUACUCAGGGGGGCUUCAUCAAAGAGUCCCUUUACAUCCUGGACGGUCCGGACGCCAACAAGUUCAGGGACAGCUCAGGAACUGGCCUCGGGGACUCACACGGGUCAGGGUCAGGGUUUCUGACUAAAGGCUUCCCCUCUCUUCUUGAUGACGUGCCCCCCGCCAUCCCCCCGAGGAACCCCCUCCCCCAUUCGUCAGGCUCAGAGAACCCCUUCCUGCCCUCUCGAGGGUCCACCAUGCCCCGUGAUGUGAACUUGUUCACGCCUGACGUGGAUCAGCCCAAAGUGACCUCAGGAGAGCUGAACUAUGACAUCAUCAACGACUCACUGUCCCGACUCAACGAAAACCGACAGGGCCCCCGAGGUCGGAGGGCCAAUGGGGACCAAUCAGGGAAGCCUGUUGCUCGGAGUAAGACCCUCCCCCCUCAAGUCCCGCCCAGGACUUACGUACCUGUUCCCAAGAGCAACAAGAACCAGCGGCGGGUUUCUGCAGACCCGGUGUCGCUGGGAUCCAGGAUGAAUGGAUUUGGAUAUGAACUGUUUCAGGUUUCUGAGGAGAGAGACGAGGAGGUGGCAGCUUUCUGUCACAUGCUGGAUGUGUUACGUUCAGCGUACCCCCACAGCGACCUCUCAAAGAACACCGGCUUCGUGUGGUCGCCUUCUGUCGGCGUGGAGGAGCUGCAUCAGGGUCUGGGGGUCAGCGUGAAGGUCACGGUCAUCAGCGAGCACUUCAGAGAGCCGCUCACCUUCACCUGUGAUGGUUCGUCCACCGUGGACCUGCUCAUCUAUCAGACUCUGUGUUACGCUCAGGACGACCUGGAUCACCUGGACGUGGACCACUACCUGCUGAAGGUCUGCGGACACGACGAGUUCCUCAACAAGUAAGAACCUCGACCCGACCGCGUCCCUGAGAGAGUCUGACGGUGUCGAGUUACGUCCCAGGAGCUGCUGUGGUUUCUUCUGUCAGCCGCCAUCACGCUAAGAUCAAUCCACAUGAAACAGAUGUGUCUGUUAACAUGGAGGAGGCGGAGCUUAUGACAUAUACUACAGACAGCCAGUAGGGGGAGCUCUCAGGGUUUGUCUGUCUUUUUUACAGUCUAUGAUUUAUACUGAUGUUAGCUCUAAAGGUACACCUGGCUGACAUGAAGUUUAGACCUUUUAAGUGUUUUACACGUUUAAUAUGAAGGAACCUCGUCGCUGCAUCCUGAGCUCCGUGCUCCGUUUCUCCGAGGUCAGUAGUGAGUGAUUUAGAGGCGCUCAAAGGCGCCCGCAGUGAGUUUUCCUCCUCCGAGCAGAUUCAUGAAGUUUUAUACAAAGUUUAACGACCGCACAGAGCGUGUCACUCCAUCUGUGGUCGGAGCUCCACACUCAUAAUAACAGAGGACUGCUGAGCUGUGGCUGCUGCUACACCAGCUACGCUAAUGUGCUAACCACAACACACACACACACACACACACACACACACACACACACACAUACACAGACACACACA